AUGGAGGAUGCAGGAACAUACACCGUAGUGGCCCACUUUCCAAAUUCAGAAGCAGAAAUAGGGUUUGGGCAACUUGAUGUAUAUGAGCAUCUGAGAGUGCCCGUGCUCAUAGCCAGCAGCUAUGGAGUCAUAGAGAAUGAAGAGUAUGUGGUCUUGACCUGCUACACAAAUGGACUCUCUGUCCAGUGGCUGUUCAAUGGCACGAAUCUGCAGUUCACAAACAGAAUGAAGCUAUCUUGGAACAGCAGAAGACUCACCAUAGACCCAGUCAAGAGGGAAGAUGCUGGGAUUUACAAGUGUAAAACAUCAAACCCCAUCAUGUGGGUUGAAAGUCGGCCCCUUGAACUGCAUGUGUUAUAUUAG